UAGUGUCUUCAGUCAGUACCUACCUAUCUUCUGUAUACUUAUUAAUCCAUCCAUUACCAUUCAUCGUUUUUGUUCUUUAUUGGAUUCACUUCUUGAGAAUGUUUUGUCAUUGUUGUAUUCUCUUAUCUUAAAUUAUAAUUUUCUCUUUAAAAAUUAAGUUCUUGUUUUUGCAAGCAAAUUAGUGGUGGCCAUAGUCUCUUUGAUCUGUAGUGGUACCGUGAAUAAUUUUUUAGUCCAAACAACACGUUUUUCGAUUAUAUGUCUGUUAGAAAGCGGUGACAUAUAAAAUGAUUGACCUAAGGGUUUUGAAGAGGUCUACUCUUGUACAUUUAUGUUUUGCAAUAUCAUAUUUCACAUCUGGUAUCAUAUUAAGUUUUAUCCAGGCCAUUUUAUACUUUGGUCUGAAGCCGUUUAAUAAAAUACUAUACAGGAAAAUAAAUUACUAUCUUUCAUACUCAUUUUAUUGUCAAUUAGUAUUUAUGUCAGAAUGGUGGUCUGGGACAACAAUGUCUAUAUACAUAAAGAAAGAUGAAUAUGAUAAAUUCUAUGGAAAAGAACAUGGUUAUCUUAUCAUGAAUCAUAGUUUUGAAAUAGACUGGCUUAUGGGUUGGCAGUUCUGUGAUGGCAUCCAAGUUCUGGGGAAUUGCAAGGCAUAUGCGAAAAAAUCUAUCCAAUACUUACCUCCUAUCGGUUGGAUGUGGAAGUUUUCCGAAUUUGUUUUCCUUGAAAGGUCGUUUGAAAAAGAUAAGGAAAUUAUAAAACAUCAGAUAUCAGAAAUUUGCGAUUAUCCAGAUCCAGUAUGGCUAUUAUUAACUCCAGAAGGGACACGUUACACAAAGAAAAAACACGAAGCAUCAUUAAAUUUCGCCAGAGAGAAGAACUUACCUUUACUUAAACAUCAUUUGACGCCCAGAACAAGAGGUUUCACUACAAGUUUACAGUUUUUCAGAGGAAAAAUACCAGCCAUUUACAAUAUACAGUUAGCAUUCAGUGAAAGCAAGAUUCCUCCAACAUUAACAAGUUUGCUAUAUGGAAAGCCAGUUCAUGCGCAUUUGUACAUCGAUCGGAUACCGGUUGAGAAAGUGCCUGAGGAUGAGGUCGAGGCAACCAAAUGGAUGCACGAUCUUUUCGUCGUGAAGGAUAAAAUGCAAGAUUCAUUCAUAAAUACUGGGGACUUCUUCACACAAUCGGGCGUCGAAAGAAUAGAGCCGUUUAAAGCGUCACGUCGAAUCUAUUCGUUAAUCAACACGCUUGGCUGGGCGGUAGUUACAUUGACGCCCAUGCUUUACUACCUUUUUGGCCUUCUGUUCAGCGGGAAGCUUUUGUACUUCUCUAUUGCGUCCGCUGUUUUCGCUGCCUUUUAUAUUCUUCUUCAAAAGUCUAUUGGGAUGUCAAAAAUCAGCCAGGGAUCGUCUUACGGGACUGAAAAGAAGUGAGAUGCCCUGUCCCAGUAUUCAUAACUAUACCAUACAGAAAAAUGUUUAGGCGUUUUAUUAGUUAUUUUGGUUUAUAUGUGUUACAAAAUCUAUCUAAAUGCGUUUCUGAUAGGUCGACAGAGAAUAAUUGUUUUCGUAGCUGAUUUGAGAUAGACGUGACUAAAAUAUUCGCAAUAAUUUAAAUCGUAGCAAAUAAGUAUACUUGUUGAUGGUAUAUAAAUCAGUUGUUUUAUAAAUAUUUUUAUAAAAAUCUAAAACGGAAAUAAUUCUGAAUCGAAUAUCUGAAGAGAUUUUAGCGUGUACCUACUAUUAAUGUAAAUUUUGAGAUUUUUUUAAUGUUUAAACGACUAGGUAUACCUAAGUAUAUAAUUUUUGAUGAAAGAUGGACAAAAUAUAUUAUCUAAGCAUUUAUUAAAAUAUACCAUUGACGGAUUAAUUUUAUACUCAGUUUUCAACAGAUUUUAUAUAGGAGGAGGUUCUAGUUCGACUAUAUUUUUUUGGUACGAUAUUAUGAUUGUUUUUAACUUAAAGAUUUACUCUCAUAGUGUUGGUCCCAUAGCGUUGAUUAUCAAGAUUGAAAUAUUUUUAACAAAAUCUCAAAUCAUUCAUAUUAUUGGCAAUAUAUAAUGAUAUUUGUCUGCCCUAAUAUAUCCGUGUUUUUUUUUUCUUAGUAAUAGUAAAAAUGUAGUUUUAUAUUUUUAAAUAUCAAACAUACGCAUAUUGUUUUUUAAUAAACGAAGUAAAUAGUUAUGUAUCGCAAACAUCUUAGAUAUCAUUUUUUAAUUUAGUAUCUUGACUAAACUUACAAUACAUUACAAAUUUAAUCAUAAAUAAGAAUACUUAUAGAUUUUUAAUGCUUUUCUAACAUUAAUAUUGUUUUCAAAAUAGAUUUUAAAAAUCAUAAGAUUUGAAAAAUUAUACAUAAAAUUAAUUUAAAAUUGAAAUGGUUUAUACUUAGAGUUCAUCAGGUAUUUGUGGGAAGUACAACUGUGAUAUUUGUUAUUUUAACACCGAUAUUAUUGUAUUUUUAUACACGUAUUAUUGCGUUGUAAGCAUUUUAACAAUUGUGUGUUUUGUCCCUUGUAAUAAAAACAAGUGUAAAAGAAGUGAAACGUUACAAAAUAAUGCAUCAGAAAAGUACCCAUUUAGCUUAAUACAGGGCAAAAAAUUUACCCGCUAAUCCAUGUAUUUGCGGCUUUUUAAUUAUUUAAUCCUGUUUAUAUGUGAAUCCACAUACAUAACUGUAUCGUGAUUUCCCACAAAUGUUAUUUUAUAAAUUAAAGUACAAAUUAACAAAUAAAAAAAAAACAGUACUUCUCACAAUGUGGUUGUACUCUUGAUAUAUUUAACCAGCAAAGUAACUGCACAAAAUGUAACAAAGCACAAUUAUAAAUAAAUUAUUAAGAUUUUCUUCAGACAGAAGGCCGUUAUCAAUUAAAUACAAAUUGAGAAAUACUGCCAUAUUAUCUAUUAUAUUGCAUAACGUUUUUUUAUUGCGUAGGUAAUACAACUAAUAUUUUCUUAGGUAAGUAUUUAGCCAGGGGGAGGUGCUAUUCUGUGGAUGUAAACAAAUUUAAUAGAUAUAACCAAUUUUACACUGUUUUUAAUAAUCUUUUUUUCAAUCAACAGAGUUUAACUCUGUGUUGGUCCCAUACUAAUUUAGUCCGCUUGAAUUUUUUUAUGGAAAAAGAACCUUUAGCUUCAGCUUCUACGAUUAUUGCCAAUUUAUUUGGUUUUAUUCUUCUCUGAGGUAUCGAGUCUUUUAUAUCUACAUUCUUUAUUGUUCUAUAAUGAACUUGUAGGUUAAUUUUGUUGCGUUUUAAAAAGAAAUGUAAACAGGAUACAAUCUAUAUUAAAUAAAAUUUGCAGGCAAAUGAAUCAUGUAAAGAUAUCUAUUAUCAUUAUUACCGUAUACCAAAUAUUGAAAAAAGUAACUAAACCAAAAACGGAAAUCGUGAUUUGUGUAGAAAUCUGUACUUGUAGUAUAAAUAAUCAAGGUGUAAAAACUAAUAUAUUCUCAUAAAAUAUUCAUAUUUGUAUGUAUAUUAAAUGUUUUAAAAAUGUGUUGAACUACUAUACUUGAUGUAAUGAUUCAACAUUUUUAGUUGCCGAUUGAAAAAUACACGUAUAGGAUUCUACUUGCCUAUACAUGUAGGGAACUACUAUGGAAGACUAUGAUCUUAAAACCAGAAUAAUAACUGUUAGUACAUACCUGUGUGGUACAUACAAUUUUAUGAAGCAGGUAUAAAACAUUGGUAUAAAAUGAUCAAAAUUAUUAUUUUGUGAUUUAGAAAAUUUUAAUAAUAUUUUGACUUGGCAUUUGUUUGUCAUUUAGUAUAUUUUGUAUAAAUUGUAAUUAUUGGAUACUAAGGAAUCGAAGAGAUAAGAUGUAAAUUUCUUGGGUAGGUAUAAUUUUCGACUUUUAUAUUGGAAUGUGUGCCAACAUUUGUUGAGAUUUUUAUUAUUUAUAUACUGUAUGACUAAUUUCCUUGUUACUAGUUGGUUGAUGGAUCAAUUUCUAGAAAUGAAAAUAAAUCCUUUUAAAAUCAA